AUGGCAUUCACUGGGCCAUAUUCUGGACUCGAGGAGUGCGGUUACUGCGGUGAGGCGCGAUACAAGGCUGCUGGUUCCCUAGUUCCUCGCCGUCACUUCACGACUCUACCACUCGGUCCUCAGCUUCAAGCCUUGUGGAGACAUCCCGAAUCUGUUGCCAAGAUACGAGAAAGACUUGCUCGUACCGAAACACUGCUGGCUGAACGUGCAAGUGGAGGCGUCAAACUGUUUGACGACAUCUAUUGUGGCUCCGAGUACUUGGAUUUGGUCGCUUCAGGGCAGCUCAAAGAGGACGACAUGUUGAUUGCCAUCUCAAUGGACGGUGCUCAGCUGUAUCGUGAUAAGGACUCCGAUACGUGGUUCGGUAUUGCAACCAUCCUCAAUUUUCCAGGGGAGAUCCGGCACAAGAAGGAACAUGUACUCCCUCUUUUCACUAUUGGUGGCCCUAAUGCACCUAAAGACUACGACUCGUUUCUUUUUCCAACCUUUGCUCAUCUAUCUGCCUGUCAAAGCUCUGGGAUCCGGAUCUGGAAUGCCGAAACGCGCAUGCCAUUUGUCUCCCAUCCAUGGUUUGCCUUUGGCAUGGCAGAUACCGUAGGGAUGGCGGAGCUGAGUGGUUCGGUCGGUCACCACGGUCGCAACGGUUGUCGACUCAUGUGUCUAAUGCCUGGCAGACACAAACCUGGAGUAGGGAUGUAUUAUCCAGCAAUGCUCCGGCCACAUGGCGACAAUCUACCGAUAGGAUCUCGUCAUGACAAUAUAGAUGUCAACACCAUUCGGACUCGAACUGCAAAAGAGUACGACGAUCAGGUUCAUUAUGUCUUGUCCUCCAAAACAACACGCGAGUACCGAAAGCGUCGAAAGGAGACUGGUAUUUGCCGACGUUCAAUCGUAUCCUCUCUUCCCAAAGCCAUUCCAGCACCCAGAUCGUUGCCAGCUGAUGUCAUGCAUCUUUUCUAUAACCUUGUUCAAUUGCUGUCGUCCUCUUGGCGAGGCGCGAUGGAUCACGCUGCUGAUGAUCACCCUGGAUCUUGGCCCUUUGCAGUUCUCUUCGAUAAAGCUGUCUGGCAAGCUCACGGUCAACAGGUUGGUGAUGCUCGAAAGUAUAUUCCGGUAUGCUUGGAGGCCCGAACACCAAGGAAUCCAGCCGAGAAGAUUAAUAGUGGAUACAAGAUUGUGGAGUACUUGGUUUACGUUUUUGGACUCUGCCCAGCUUUGCUUUAUGGUCUCCUUCCGGAACCCUUUUACGGACAUUUUUGCAAGCUUGUCUUUGCAACUCGGGUGCUUCACAGACGCCGUAUACGACGUCAAGAUCUUGUUGAUGUACAUCAAGCAUUUCUGCAGUGGGUUGUAGAAUUCGAACUCCUUUACAUGAAUCGGGACAUGAAACGACUUCACUUUGUACGACCCUGUGUUCACGCUCUCACCCAUCUUGUUCCUGAACUACUUCGGCUUGGCUCACUCCUGGAACUCUCUCAGUAUACAAUGGAAUGUACAAUCGGAAACCUUGUUCAGGAACUGCGAUUACACUCAAACCCGUAUGAAAAUGUUAGCCAGAGAAUUAUUGAGCGGGCUCGGGUCAAUGCCCUUCACGCGAUGGCCCCGAAUUUAUUCCCAGAUGACCCUACUCUCAAACUACCCCGAAAUCACCUUGAUGUCGGCAACGGAUACACUUUACUCUGCCCUCAAGAGCUUCACGACAUGGACUCAGACAUUCUGAAGGCAUUCUGUAACUUUGCUCACCUGCAGAAAUGGCAGACUGGUAAUUUAAAAGUUGGACUUACUGUCUCUCGGUUCGCUCGCCUGCGCUUGCCAAAUGGACAGAUUGCAAGGUCAUUAUGGCAAGAAGGGAAGCGACCUGACAAUGAAGUACGUCGAGCACGGAACAUCAAGUUUGCCUUCAAUGGUGGGUACCGAUUUGCAGAGGUGGCCUAUUUCUUCCUCGUCGAGAAUGGCGAUACACGAUAUACCUUAGCAGCUGUUCACGUUUACUCGGAUCCAAAUCCAGCUCUCCUCCAGGUGUCAGACCAUACACUGCAAGUUUGCAAGCGAGACAAGGGUGCCCAGAUCAUUGAUACCAAAUGGAUAGAUUCUGUAGUCGGAAUGAUUCCAUUCCAACGGCGUGGAGUUGAAUGGGAUGGGUUGGAAUUUUUUGUACUUGAGAAGCUGAGUCCUUCGCACGCACAAAAUACAGUCAAUGACUCGGAGGAACAAUCAGUAGAAUAG